UCUUCUGUCCCCUCCCAUUGCCUAUUUUCUGGGAAGCUCGUUGCAAAGAGAGGAGGCAGCAAUCAUUUGCAAGUCUGGGUGGAGCAGAUCUCACAAACAGAACAUUAAUUUUUUUUCCCCUACGUCCUCAUGGAUAGUGGUGUCAUCCUCAGGGUACUGGAGCUAAUGAAGCUGCUUUAUGUCAGAAGUGAAUCCUGCCUGUAGUGUCUUAGAUUUGUGAAUGGAUGAAUAUUUAAACAGCCCUCUUCAAUCUUGCUUCAAAAUGUCCCUGUGCACAUCUUCUCACAAGGACUUUUCUCAGUUGCUGCCACUUCAGGAUAUUGGAUGCAAUAAAACAGAAAUUAAAAAUUCACCUGCUGGUGUCAUCUCUCCAGUUCCUUACAGCUGCAAUCAGUCCACGCUGGCAGCAGAACACAGUCCAGUCUACAUUCCCUCCUCCUUCAUGGAAAACAGACACGACUACUCCACAAUGGCAUUCUGCAGCCCCGCUAUGGUCAACUACAACAUCGCCAGCAGUUUUGGGGACGCAGAGGGCGUGACUGCGCGGCAGACCUCGAGCCCCAGCGCGCUGUGGUCUGCUCCUGGCCAUCUGUCCCCCCUGGCUCUGCACUGCCAGCCCUCCCUGCUGUACGCAGAGCAGCCCAAGAGCCUGUGGUGCGAGGCGCGCCCCAUGGAGCCCGUGCUGCCCGGGAGCAGAGAAACAUUAAAAAGAAAAACUAAUGGCAAUGACUGUACAAGCCCAAUUGCAAAUAAUCCUGGCUCAAAAAAGGAUGCCCACUUCUGUGCAGUCUGCAGUGACUAUGCUUCAGGAUACCACUAUGGGGUCUGGUCCUGUGAAGGCUGCAAAGCAUUUUUUAAAAGAAGCAUUCAAGGACACAAUGACUACAUCUGCCCAGCCACCAACCAGUGCACAAUAGACAAAAACCGGCGCAAGAGCUGCCAGGCGUGCCGGCUGCGGAAGUGCUACGAAGUGGGGAUGAUGAAAUGUGGCUCGAGGAGAGAGCGCUGCGGGUACCGGAUCCUGCGGAGCCACCGCGGCGCCGAGGAGCGCGCGCACUGCCUGGGCCGGGCCAGGCGGUACAGCGAGGCGGCCACGCGGGUGAAGGAGAUCCUGCUGAGCGCCGUCAGCCCCGAGCAGUUCGUGCUGACCCUGCUGGAGGCAGAGCCGCCCCACGUGCUGGUCAGCCGGCCCAGCAAACCCUUCACCGAGGCCUCCAUGAUGAUGUCCCUGACCAAGCUGGCGGACAAGGAGCUGGUGCACAUGAUCGGCUGGGCCAAGAAGAUUCCUGGCUUCAUUGAUCUCAGCCUCUAUGACCAAGUGAGGCUCUUGGAGAGCUGCUGGAUGGAAGUUCUGAUGAUUGGUUUGAUGUGGAGAUCCAUCGACCAUCCUGGGAAACUGAUUUUUGCACCAGACCUUGUAUUGGACAGGGAUGAGGGGAAAUGUGUAGAGGGAAUUUUGGAGAUCUUUGAUAUGCUCCUGGCCAUGACCUCGAGGUUCCGAGAGCUGAAGCUGCAGCACAAGGAGUAUCUGUGUGUCAAGGCAAUGAUCCUCCUCAAUUCCAGCAUGUUCCCCUUGUCAGCAGAGGAACCUGAAAGCAACAGGAAGCUGCACCACCUGCUCAACGUGGUCACAGAGGCUUUGGUGUGGGUUAUUGCCAAGAGUGGGAUCCCCUCACAGCAGCAGACCACUCGCCUGGCCAAUCUGCUGAUGCUCCUCUCCCACGUCAGACACGCCAGUAACAAGGGAAUGGAGCAUCUCCUGAGCAUGAAGUGUAAAAACGUGGUGCCAGUGUAUGACUUGCUGCUGGAGAUGCUGAAUGCUCACACCCUCCGAGGGCAGAGGAAGCCCCUGGCCACACACCCUGAGUUUGGCCCACUGGAGCAAAUGGAGCCUGGAGACAGCCUGAGGAAUGGGGCACCCCAGUAAUUGUGCAACACCUGGAAAUGUGAGGCUUUUUCAGAGCUGUGGGGGAGAACAGAGCUGCUGUGAUGGGGCUGCAGAAGUGUGACCGCGCGUGGGUUCCCAUCCCUCUGGAUUUGCACAUCGGUGCCUCGGGAGAGGCCGCGCGGCGCUCACCUCUGUGUUUCUGACAUUGCAACAGCUGCACUGCUGUAGUGCCUUUUCUGAGACUCUGCAAAAGCACCUUACGAAACCAAGCCUCAGAACAGCACUGUGGGACAGGGGAUUGCUGCCUCUCCUUCUCAGAACUGAGAGGGAAGGGGACAGGUUUGAGAAGCUUGGAGAGAGCAUGUUGGUCUCUUUCUCCCAGAGCAAGACUUUUAAGAACUGACUGAACAACGUCCUCUUUCAGCAGGGGAUGGUGUGAAAUGUAGGACAGCAUCAUUUGGGACAGAUGUUUACCUCUGUGUGCUGGUCCCUGGGGAAUGCCUGCUCUGCAGCUGAUCUAGAUAAAGUGCCGAGAUACAGACAGCGUAAAGGAGCUUAUUCUCAAAUAUGCAAUGGCUGCAAGAGCCUUCAUUUGAAGGUCAUUUGAAAUAGCUUCUAGGGUCAGUUCAGAGCCUUUGCAGAAAGUUUAAAUUGAUCUUAAGUUUGUAUUUUGUGAGCCUGUUCCUAACACUCACAUUGUUAUCUGCUUAUAAUUCUUCAGUGCUUUAAGCAACGACCAAAUCGUCUGAAUAUCUCAGCCAAUGCUGACCUUUGAAAUGUGUUUUGUCUGUGAGAUUAUCAUGUUGUUUUAUAUAUUUAUUGAUGAUGUUAAAUCUAUUCUAAUAAUUAGGUACAAGAAGUUGCUCUGUGAAUAUUAACUGUUUGUAUUUGUACAUGAUCUGCUGAUCAGGCCUUGUGAAACCAGCUAGGAAAAAAAAAAUAAUCUUCCCACCCCUUUGACUGGUGUGUGGAAUUACGUCCUGCCCACCCAAAACCUCUUGCAGGGGGUGAGGCACUGGAUGGGAACAUGGAUGGGGAUCUGUUUUUGUCUGCUGCCCUGAGGUUUGCUGCUUGCUUGUUCUCAGCAUGCAUGGCACCUUGUGCUGUGGUCUUCAUAUCUUUAUAGGAGCCCUCAAAGAGCGAGGAUGGGGAUAAUGGUAAAUGUAAAGACAGUGUGAAGAUGGGGAUAACGUAAAGCACUGCUUUGCUUUGCAAGUGUGAUGACUUGUUUGAAUUACACUGAAGAUGUAGUGGUUUAAACUUCCUUUUUGUGCUGAUUUCUGCAUGUGUUUAAGCUGCACUGAGUAAAAAAAAACAAAAA